ACUGGCAUUUUCUCUUCUCUUCUCAAACAAACACAGAAAAAUAGUUGAGCUUGAGUGAGUUAACCUAGAGAGAUGGCCAUUGUUGCUUUAACUUCUCUCACGUCAACACUUGAGCUUGAGUUUUUGCAGUCCACCCCAAGGGUAUCUCUUGAUGAAGAUGAAAGUGGGUCGAUGUGUUGUCUGCUGAAGUUGAAGCCAAGCGUGUCUCUUUAUGGUCAAGUAAAAAUGCUCCAUAAAAAGCUUUGUUCUUUGCAGGCCUUUCUAGAGGGAUUCAAGCGAGGUGGUGGUGAUGGUGCUGAAAUCAUAGAUUUGGAAAUCAAAAUUAGAGACUUUGUGCUCAAAGCUGAAGACAACAUUGAAAUACAAGUCAGCAACUUUCUUCUGGCCAAAGAUGGAGGGCAUCCACAAAAAGCUUCUCAGGAGCUCCAUCAAACCUUGCGAGAAGCAGCAAAAAAUGCAGCAGAGUUGCUGAAGAUGACGAUUAGCACAAGCAAUGAAGUCAAGAUGGUCGGGCCUGAGAAUGUUAAGUUGACUGGAUCCUCACAGUGCUUUCCUAAGCUUGAGGGCAGAAUAAUGGUCGGGCGUCACUAUGAUCGUACAGUGAUAAUCAACUCCCUCCUCGAGGAAUAUGAAUAUGAAUUUGGAUUCUUUGGACGAAGAGUAAUUUCAAUUGUUGGGAUGAUGGGUAUAGGAAAGACUUGUUUAGCCACAAGUAUCUACAAUGAUCCAUCAGUUGCAUCGCAUUUCCAGGUACGAGCUUGGAUUACUUUACCUCAAGAAUACCAGGAUGUGGAUCAAACACUAUGGGAUCUUUUGUCGUCACUUUCGGGAAUAGAGCCAUCUUUUAAUCUAUACUCAAGAGAACCGUAUGAAGUAUAUAAAAAAGUAUAUCAACGCUUAGAAAGUCGGAGGUAUCUAAUUGUUUUGGAUAACUUAUGGGACAAUUCAGUUUGGCGACAUAUCCAAUUUUGUUUUCCUUGUGAUGGCAGAAGUCGCAUAUUAAUAACCACGACGCACUUCAAUCAGGAAAGGGAUAAUUUUACAAAGUUUUAUAAGCAUAACAUGGCUUUUCUGGAUCCAAAGGAAAGUUGGGAUCUAUUCUGCAAUAUCCUUUCUCCCAAAGAAUCUAUGGCACCUAAACUUGAACAAAUUAGGAGUGAGGUUUUGGAGAAAUGUGAAGGAUUACCACAAUUAAUUGUUGAAGUUGCAAAGCGUUUGUCAAAAUGCAACAACAUACAACAAGAAUGGAAGAAGAUUGAAAAGGAAUUAGAGUUGGUGGGAACUCUAGAUCGUACUGUACUUGCUCGCAUAUACAAUCAAUUGCCAAAAUAUGUCAAUGCUUGCUUUCUAUAUUUUGGAGUCUUCCCAAAACGCAGUGAAAUCACAGUUAAAACGCUUAUUAGAUUGUGGGUUGCUGAGGGAUUUGUUGAGCCAUUGGAGCAUAAAAAGUUGUUGGAAGAUGUAGCUUAUGAGUAUUUAGAAGAGCUUGUUGAUAGAAGUCUUGUCUUAAUUAGCAGCCGGAGCUUAAGUAAUGGCAAAAUUAAGACUUGUAAGAUGCAUGGUAGCAUGCAUACUUUCUGUGUAGGAGAAGCUCAAAAAGGAGGUAUUUUAUGUGCAGUAAAUACUAUGCAAUUUCCAGGAGUUUCAUUAAAUGCAUUUGCAAAUUCAUGCCGUUGGUUGAGUUUUUACACACAUAGUUUUGACUAUUAUGUGUUGUUUGAUACAAUAAAGGCUCGUUCCAUUUUCUUCUUUCAUGAAAAUCCUGAAAUUUCUGCACCUCUCAAGCUGUUAAGAGUUUUAGCUUUUGUUCCACCUCCAUUCUUCCGAAGAAUGCAAAUGCAUUUUGGGGAUUUCAUUUUCUUGAGAUACAUAUCUGUAGCACAAUGGUUUGAAGGUCUGGAUUAUAUAGUGUCAAUUAACUGUAAUUUGCAGACUCUUGUUGUGUCCGGUAAUGAAUCACAAGCUGGAGCAUCUACUGUCCAUUUGUCAUCCAAAAUUUGGGAGUCACCACAGUUGAGGCAUCUUGAACUUGGCAAUUCCUAUACAGUAGAUCCUCCAAGCGUUGAUAAGAAGAGUUUUCAAACAUUAUCUUGGGUGAGUCCAACCUAUUGCCGAAAGGAAAUGUAUAGCAAGUUUCCGAAAUUAAAAGCACUGAAAAUUUUCCUUAAAGAUGAAUUAGAGGUCAACUGCACUUGCGGAUCUUGCAGUAAUCCCAUCAUUUUGGAUAAUCUUGACUAUUUGGAAGGGCUUGAGAAGUUAACGAUUUCAGUUUCUAUUGACUGCAAUGUAACCCUUCAAAAUCGGUCUAUGUUUCCUUUCCUACUGGAGAAGUUGAGGUUGAGUGGGCUUAAUCUCUCUGAGAGGCAUUUAACAGUAAUUGGCAUGUUGCCCCAGCUUAAGGUGCUCAAGCUAGAAAAUUCCUUCCAUGGAAAAGUAUGGGAAGUAUCAGAAGGAGGAUUCCGUCAGCUAGGAUUCUUGCUUCUUGAAGCUAAAAGCCUGGAGCAGUUGAAGGCUAAUAAAUAUUCCUUUCCAUAUCUCCAGCACUUAGGCCUAAGAUUCUGUUAUUGCCUGGAAGAGAUCCCUCAGAGUUUUGCACAUAUUUUCAAGCUGCAGUCAAUUGAGUUGAAACAGUGCAGCCCUUCUGUAGUCGCUGCUGCCAAGCAGAUUCUAGAAGGACUGCAUCCAAUACGAAGAAGAGUGUUUGAGAUCAAAAUCGACGGGUCUGAAUAUGAGGAAUCAAAAUAUCCACAAGUAGAAGAUUACUUGGCCGAGAUCACAGUGAGCUAACUGUUAUUAGAAAAAUGGGCAUUAAGGAUAAAUUUCCUUAAUCCCAGAUAUUUGUCAGUUGUGGGUUCCUUGUGAAGGAGAUGCAUGUUGGUCAUUUAAGAUGUACUGUCAUCCGUGAAACCGUUGCCAGUGUGCUUGAGUUAACUAAUGUUGAUGUUUCUCAAAGGAAUCGUAUAUGUUGGUGGCUGUGGCAUGGAGGUUUAUUCAUCUAGUGCCUAUAUGAGAUGAUUGGUGUGGUCAUUGAAUAUGUUGCAGAAAAAUUUCUAAAUUGGGAAGCUGGUUGUGCUCAAGCUAUUGGAGUUCCAGAGAUUGGCGUGCUAAUUGAAUGCCUUGCUGGAAAGUUUCUAAACUGGGAAGCUGCUAGUGCUCUCAAGUGAUUGGAGAUGUAGAGAUCAAAAUCAAGGAGCCUGAAUAUGAUGAAUCACAUAUAGAAGAGUGUAUAGACGACGGCUUGGAUGGUAUAUGUGUGUGAGGCUGCAUGUAUCUUUGUAUCUGCAUUUACAUUGCAUCCCAAAUGAAAUAAAAUGAAAUGGUGUUGCUACCUUGUACAGAUAAUUAAUGAAUUGGUUCCUCAUGACCUCAUCAACUGAUCUUCAUCAACACAGAACUUAGAUUUCUUGUUUGAUGAUUUUCUCCCCUUGUUACUCGGUCAACUGACUUCCGAUCCUAAUGUGAUGGAGGCUGUGGAGUGGUACUCAAACGUAAGUUCUCCCAUACCUAUUAAACUAAUCUUUUGGAAGACUCUUCUCUUGGCUUAGCCGGGAAGAAACGAUUGGAUCCCUCAUUAAGGAUUGCUUGGAUCUCGUGAAAAAGUUAAGCAAGUUUCGGGCACUCUAACUCUGCAUAAUGCUCCGAUCGAGUUGAACGGACUUCUCAAUGCUGACGCUCAUGGCACGCCUUUUUUAAGAAUUAGAUAAUGCUCUCCUACGAGGGCUUCUUAUGUACCAAAAAAAAAUAUUCCAGAGUUUUAAUAUGCUUUUGUAGAUUGGCACAUAUGCUAAUUAAUAUGCA